GAACCAACAACUCGACAACCGGAGGACUAUCAAUAUGAGGGAUCUGAAAUCCUGCAGCCAAGACCGGAUCCCCAUUAGCAUCCACCAACACCAUCCCACCCGCCGAAUGAGAACCAGACCUUGUCGCCCCAUCCCAUCUACACGAGGCUUGCCCAGUGGAAACCAAAGACUGAGGUCCUGGGAGAGGAGCCAACAGCGGCUGGGGGCGAUCGACAGGCAGGCUAACCCAUUCCUCAAAUUGUUGGUUAAAUUGUCGAAUCAAGGCCGGGAUCCCAAACUGUUUGCCCUCAAAGACUACCCAGUUCCUAGAUCGCCAAAUCCUCCAAAGAACAGCCACAACUUUCAUAAACAGAGGGGCCUGGUGCACUAACGCCAUCAAUCGCUUGAGGAACAGCCACAACUUGCGUAUUAGAUGAUUGAGGAUCGGUAAAUGCGUGAUUUAGCCGCAUUAACAAGCUAACAAUCAAGUCUAUAAGUAUCAUAGCAAAAUUAAUUUAUUGAGUAAAUUUUAUUUUCGAAUCUGUGUGUAUUGGCUAUUUGAAGUUAACUCGUGUUAGUUGAUGUGUUAUGUCUACUUAUUUUUCUAUCCCUAAUCAGUAAUAAAUCAAUAAAAAUAAGAGGUUAGUCAUUUUUUGUGGGUCACAAUCAAAAUCAUAAAUCUGUUUUGCUUUAUCACAUUUGAAAGAAAAUGAUAGGUCCGACUGUGUCCUAUCAAAAGUUCUGGCUCCAGCGCUUCAUCAACGCUCACCUUAUCUUCUUCACUUUAAUUUUAAUUAAGUAGAUAUUAGCAUUAAAAAUGGCGAUUAUCGAUUAUUAAUAAUCUUUCCUUUCCCGCUGCAUUCUCAACUCCGAUGUCGGUUAUUUUUAUAUGGUGGCAAUUCUUCGAUCGUUUUUUCAGAUCCCAACGGUCCACUCUUCUACAAAGGAUGGUACCACUUCUUCUACCAAUACAACCCGAACGGCGCCGUUUGGGGCGACAUUGUGUGGAGUCACGCGGUUUCCCGCGACCUGAUCCACUGGCUCUACCUCCCAUUGGCCAUGGUGGCGGCAGGGGCGGACCCAGGGUGAUUUAGGGGUGUCCCCGUACACCCCUAAAUUUUGAGAAAACGAUUAUCCAACCCCCAGUGGUAAUUUAUGUAUGGACAAAAAAAAUAUAAUUGAUAGUGAGGGACACCCCUUAAAUUUGAAAAAAUGAUUAUCCUACUGUCAUAUAGGAAUAUAAGUGGUAGGUUGGAUAAUUCAAAUCUAGAAUACUAUUAUCAUUAAUAAACUUAAUUUCCGUUGAGCUAACUCAUUUGUUGUUCGAUUUUGAAUAAUGUGUAAUAGUAAAAUGGCAUUCCCUAUCUCUAAUUAUUUUAAAAACCUAACAAUUAAACUAAUUUCAAACUACCCUUAAUUUGUAUUGAUUUUAUGAUUGUACGGCAAGUGUUGAAAGAGUCUUUCAACUUUGGGUUAUAUCAAAAACAAGUUUACAAAUCGAAUAUGCGAUAAGUUCGUGAAUGAUUGUCUAGUAGUGUAUAUAGAGACAAUUUUUUUAACACUAUAAACACCAAGUGUAUUCUACAAUUAAUUUCGAAUAUGAAAACACAUCAUGGAUUUUUUAAACUGUACGAGUAAGGUAUUUUCAUAUUUACAAUUUUAUUUUUAUUUAUUAUUUUUAUUUAAUUAAUUUUUAAAAGAGGACACCCUUAUGAAAAAUUUCCCAGUGGCGGACCAGUGGUAUGACGUCCAGGGUGUCUGAACCGGGUCGGCCACCAUCCUUCCGGACAGAAAGGUCAUGAUGCUCUAUACCGGUUCGACUAACGAGUCGGUCCAGGUCCAGAACCUGGCCUACCCGGCCGACCACGACGACCCACUCCUCCUCGACUGGGUCAAGCACCCGAGCAACCCGGUCCUCGUCCCGCCGCCGGGCAUCCACCACAAGGACUUCCGCGACCCGACCACAGCGUGGCAGACAUCGGAAGGGAAGUGGAGGAUCACGAUCGGAUCGAAAGUCAACAAGACCGGAAUCGCCCUGAUCUACGACACCGACGAUUUCGUCAAUUUCGAGCUCAAGGACGGGUUCCUCCACGGGGUUCCGGGUACCGGAAUGUGGGAAUGUGUCGACUUUUACCCCGUCGCUGUCGCCGGCGGCGACGGCCUUGACACGUCGGCGAACGGCGCGGGCGUUCGCCACGUGGUGAAGGCGAGUUUGGAUGAUGAUCGGCAUGAUUACUACGCGAUUGGGACUUACGAUGAGGAGGCCGGGAAAUGGUACCCCGAUAAUCCGGCGAUCGAUGUCGGAAUCGGGAUUAGGUACGAUUACGGGAUCUUCUAUGCUUCCAAGACUUUCUUUGACCAGAGCAAGCAGAGGAGAAUUCUUUGGGGGUGGAUUGGUGAAUGGGAUAGUGAAGCUGCUGAUGUGAGAAAGGGAUGGGCUUCUCUUCAGGGAAUGCCAAGAACAGUUGUUCUUGAUACAAAGACGGGGAGCAAUCUGCUUCAAUGGCCGGUGGAAGAAUCGGAGAGCUUGAGAUUGAGAAGCAAGGAAUUCAAGAACGUUGUAGCCAAGCCUGGUGCUGUUGUUCCAAUCAAGCUUGAAGCAGCCACACAUUUAGACAUAGUCGCGGAGUUGGAGCUGGACAAAGAGGCGGUAGACAGAGUAGUUGAGUCCAACGAGGAGUUCAAGUGCAGCAGCAGCAAAGGUGCAGCUCACCGCGGUGCUUUGGGACCAUUCGGCCUUCUGGUGCUCUCGGAAGAAACUCUCAGCGAGCAAACCCCUGUAUACUUCUACGUUGUCAAGGGAAAGAACGCAACUUUGAGGACUUACUUCUGCGCUGACCAAUCUAGGUCAUCUCUGGCGAACGAUGUGAAUAAGCAGAUUUACGGGAGCUCUGUACCGGUACUAGAAGGGGAGAAAUUCGGGGUUAGGAUGUUGGUGGAUUAUUCGAUAAUCGAGAGUUUUGCUCAGGGUGGAAGGAGUGUUAUUACGUCGAGAGUUUACCCAACAAAGGCGAUCUACGGAGCAGCUAGGCUGUUUUUGUUCAAUAAUGCGACAGAAGCUGGUGUCACAGCUUCUAUCAAGGUUUGGCAGAUGAAUUCUGCAUUCAUCCGCCCAUUUCCAAACCUGUAGAUGGAUGAUUCGAUGAGGAAGAAGCCUCGAAAACGAAAAAGUGAUAGAAGAAGAUAAUUCGAUGACCCGCUAAUGAUUCUGUGGUGGAUUCAAUUUGGAGUAAUUUUUUGUUUCUUUGGGAUGAAGGGGGGUGUGAGCUUGUUGUAAGUAAAGAAAGAGGGAAAUGUAAGAGAGGGGUUGUAAUUGUGAGUGGGCGAUGGAUUCCCAUUUUCCCAAUGAGAUUGGUGUGAAGGAACUUGCAAUCUCCCUAUAAUCAAUCUUAGAUCAAACG